AUGAAGUCUGCAAGCAGACUAUUUUAUCUAUCCAUCUUUGCGCUCUGGGCAUCGCCUGGAACUUGCGCUGCCGGGACUGAUAGCGAUUGUGCAAUUUCCCCCAAGUCUAUUGUUCAAGAUGCCUGCGCCUCAUUUUCAACCCUCGAGAAGCUGAAUGAACGGGUUAAACCUGCCCUUGACGACCUCACACGAAACACCGACUUCUUCUCAUACUACCGCCUCAAUCUCUUCAACAAAAAGUGUCCUUUCUGGGACGACUCGAAUGGAUUCUGCGGCAACAUAGGAUGUGCCGUCGAGACGCUCGAUAACGAAGAGGAUAUACCUGAAGUGUGGAGAGCGAAGGAGCUAUCAAAGUUGGAGGGACCUCUUGCGAAGCACCCUGGCAAGCAAGAGCGCAAGCAACAUCCCCAAAGACCGUUACAGGGAGAGCUGGGAGAAAAUGUGGGUGAAAGCUGUGUAGUUGAGUACGACGACGAGUGCGAUGAACGAGAUUACUGCGUCAUUGAGGACGAGAGCGCUUCAUCCAAAGGCGACUAUGUGAGCUUGCUUCGGAAUCCCGAGCGCUUUACCGGAUACGGUGGAGAGGGCUCCAAACAGGUGUGGGAUGCCAUCUAUCGUGAAAAUUGCUUUCAGAAGAGUUCGUUUUCGCAUUCUGCAAAUCUCGGCAUGUCUGACAAUUUCAACCCGGCCGCUCUGGACUUCAAGCAAGUCAUGGAUGCUGCAGGACGGCAAGCCCAGCUUCAGGCACAACGUCUGCAGCACCCCAACACUCCCUUUGUUGCCAACACUGGGUACGAAGUUGAUGACGAAUGCCUGGAGAAAAGAGUCUUUUAUCGAGUCAUGUCCGGCAUGCAUGCGAGUAUCAGCGCUCAUCUUUGCUGGGACUUCCUGAACCAGACCACUGGAGAGUGGCAACCCAAUCUGCAGUGCUACAAGGACCGUUUGCACGGAUACUCUGACCGAAUUAGCAACCUCUACUUCAACUACGCGCUUGUCACCCGGGCUGUAGCCAAGCUUGGCCCAGAACUGGCCGGAGCCGAGUACACAUUCUGCACGGGCGACCCGACCGAGGACUUGGUCACUCGUGUCAAGGUGACUGAGGUGGCAAAGCAGGCAGGGAGUAUCCCUCAAAUCUUCGACGAGAGCCUCAUGUUUGUCAAUGGAGAGGGCCCAUCCCUUAAGGAGGAUUUCCGCAAUCGAUUCCGCAACGUGAGCCGGCUUAUGGACUGUGUUGGGUGCGACAAAUGCAGGCUCUGGGGCAAGAUUCAAACCAAUGGAUACGGCACAGCCCUGAAGAUCCUCUUCGAGUCCGACAACCACAGCAAAAAAAUCCCCGUCCUCAAGAGAACCGAACUUGUCGCCCUCUUCAACACGUAUGCACGACUGAGCUCGUCGAUGCGAGCCGUUGGGGAAUUCAGGCAAAUGAUGGAUGCAGAAAGCGGCCAGAAGCCAGCAGCGGCAAGCGAAUCUGCCGUAAUCGAAGAUGAGAAGGUCAAUGAGGAGCGCACCGAGGCAAACGACUACGACCCAAGUGACCCAUCCUACCUGUGGCGUCAACUUGAAGACAUGAAGCGACGUGGACCCAAGAGCAGUUCAUUCCGGGACCAGUGGGCACACGAGACUGCGCUCAUUCGGCAAUCUGUGAAGGUGGUUCUUCACGGGUGGCUGCACGGCUCGAUUCUGAUGUAG